CUCGCUUCAUCAAACAACAAACCAACACAAGAGAGAACGCACGUAUCUGAAAUUAUAACAGAUUUUGUUUACAACCUAAAAUGUCGUUGAAGUAUUCGAUAGGAUUUUUGAUGGUGUUGGUUUGCUGUCUGGCAGAGGUGUCAUCGCGACCGUCUAAUGAAUCGUCAGUAAAUGAAGAAAUUACUAUCAAAACAUCUACUAAAGCUGACACAGAAGAUGCAUCUAUUUCUUAUCAAGAAGAUUCUAAUAUAAAGAUUGAAGAAGACGGAAUAAAAGAUAUAGUUGAAAAAAUAAAAACCAUAAACAGUUUUCUGAAUAAGCCGUCUCGUGAACAGUUAAAUUUGAACAAGCCUUAUAGCGAAAAACCCCACGGUAUUGACAGAGAAACUCUUUUAAAAAUUCAACAAAUUAUAGCGUCAGCAAAACUGAAUAAGGAUUCAAUCAAGAAUCAGGAGCAAAACAACUAUCUCAGCGAAGAUGUCUAUCGAAAUUACUAUUCAAGAUCAUCAAAACAAACACCAAAUUAUUUUUAUCAGAGCCCAAUGAUCCCUUAUAUAUCAAACCCAUAUACAAUGAAUGUACCAGUAGUUCCCUCACCUUCUUAUAACGAAAUGCUUGGAUAUGCUACAAAUAAUAAUUUAAAAUCCCUCUCGAAUGGGGUAUAUCAAACUAGACAGCAACAACCGUUUUUCCCAGGCUUUCCAUCAUUUCCCACAUUUUCAUCAUUUCCUUCAUUCUCACUAGAUAACUUUCAACCAUUUGCUCAAUUAUUUCCUGUUUUGAUUAAAAAUCCUUUCGUUGCUUUUAGUCAAGGUGGUGGAUUAGACAAUUUUGUUGAAUAUGGACAAAACGCUGAUGUGUGCAACAGAAAACAAAAAUCACCGACUGACAAAAACUACAACAAUGUUGAGAAUUUACAAGAAACUCAUGUUACUGAAAAUAACAAUUAUGAUAUCGGUAGCGAUAGCACAAUCUCCGAGAAAAAACCUAUUUCGAGAAAAUCUCGUGCACUAAAAAAACGUACCGUUUCUACUAAAGCACCUGAACAAGAACUCGACGAAAGUGAAACUGGUAAAAAAAUUUACGCAUCAAAGCCAAGCAUUACUCGCAAACCAAGUAAAAGGCCUUCACCUGUUGAAUCAACUGAUGAUUUUAAACAUAGUGAUCCUGAAGGUGAUCUUCGUUUUCCUUUUUCAAGUGAUUUUACUUGGUUUUGGAACAAAAAACCUGUAGCACCGAGUCCUGGUUUCUUUAUAAACAAACUUAAAGUUCGUAAAGGUGGAGUAGCUAUUGCUGGUCCAGGUGGUAUAGCAACAGCUGGAAAAGGCGGUACAGCCAUCGUUGGCCCAGGUGGACUUGCUUAUACCAAACCAGGUGGUUUAGCCAUUGCCGGUCCUCAUGCUCGGGUUGUAGCUCUAUCACCUUACUCGGAUCUCUUUUCCUCAUUAACCCGACCUCACCACCAAGGAUACGAUUUUAGAGCGUUAGAAUCAAUAAGAGAAGGAAAAAUAGUUGCAACGGGUCCUGUUAUUUAUUAUCAUCCCAUCGAACAAAUAUUAUUUUUUACUAAUAGAUACUACACGCCCGUAACGAAGAUCAAGCAAAGUUAUCAGAGACAAGCAACUGAAGUCUUUAAUUACGACGGUGAAAAUUUCGUUGAUCAUCUGGCGAAAGACCCCACAUUUAUAUUUCAUAUUAAUCCUCGAGCGUUUGCGAAGAGUGGAGAAAAUGGUGUUGCUAUAUCUAACCCAAUAUCAAGUGUUAUAAUACGAAAAGGGGAACCAGGCUCAAUUAUACAUACUCCAAGAGCAACAGCCAUAGCUGGACCGGGAGGUAUCGCCCACGCCGAAGCUAUACAAUACAUCCCUUUUUAUGGAGGCGCAAAGGGACAAUAUUUAGAAGUGAAGAAAGAUACAACAGGAUCGAUCCUUAGCGAGAAAGUGGUAGCUGAAGAGAGUAUAAGCAGUGAAAACAUAGUCAAAAAUAAAGACGAAAGUCUACUAUCCAAAGUUUUAGCUGCAAAUUUACAGAGCCUUAAAACUCUGUCGAAUAAUUUACUGAAAAUACACAAUGUUGGACGAAAGACUGGCCGUUUAGGUAACCAAGAAAAAAAUAGAUUCAAAGGUCAACUGUAUUCACUGGGUGAAGCUGCUUCUAAUACUAUUAAAUUGAUCGACGAAAUAGGAGAUGAUGUUGAGGUGCUGUUUAAAAAAAAUGCAACUCUUACAAGGAAAUACGACGAUACCUAUGACGAAGAUGUUGGCGAAGAAGGCAUCAGCAUCGACUCUCCGACAGAUACCGGUGAAUCUUAUCUCGAGGGCAGUAUAAUUGCUGAAGCGAAGCCUGUUGGUUUGGCAGUGAUUGGUGAAUCUGGAUUAGCCGCUUCCCGUCCAAUGGCGACAGCGGUGGCGGCUUCUGGUGUCGCCAUUGCUCGGCCCAUUGGAACGGCUAUAGCUGGCAUCGACCCAACUCUGCUUGGUAUUGAUUUCCACGUCAACCAUUCUGAGCAGAAAAUUAAAUACAAGGGCCAAUCCUACUAAAAA